CUUCUCUUCUGAAACCAUUUUCUUAAUACUUUCUCCGAUCAAACUAUGGCUUAUUUAGCUCCGAUUUCGUCAUCCUUAUCCAUCUUCAAAAAUCCCCAACUCUCAAGAUUCCAAUUUGCUUCUUCCCGACCAAACCCACUUUUCCUUGGACCUAGGAUUCAGAUUCUGAGUAUGCCCAUGAACAAGUCGCCGUCUUUAGUGGUGGUUGCGGCUACUACUGCGGCGGAGAAGCAGAAGAAGAGGUAUCCAGGAGAAUCAAAGGGUUUUGUGGAGGAGAUGAGGUUUGUGGCUAUGAGACUUCAUACUAAAGAUCAAGCUAAGGAAGGUGAGAAAGAGACUAAAUCUAUUGAGGAACGUCCUGUGGCUAAAUGGGAACCGACUGUUGAUGGUUACUUGAGGUUUCUUGUGGACAGUAAAUUGGUUUAUGAUACUCUUGAACAGAUUAUUCAAGAUUCCAAUUUCCCAACUUAUUCCGAAUUCAAGAACACGGGGCUGGAAAGGGCAGAGAAAUUGGCCAAGGAUUUGGAGUGGUUUAAGGAACAAGGUUACGAGAUUCCAGAACCAACUGCUCCUGGUAAAACAUAUUCACAGUAUUUAAAGGAAUUAGCAGAGAAGGAUCCUCAAGCAUUCAUUUGUCACUUCUACAACAUCUAUUUCGCCCAUAGCGCUGGUGGACGAAUGAUUGGCAGAAAGGUAGCAGAGAGAAUACUAGACAAUAAAGAACUCGAGUUCUACAAAUGGGACGGCGAACUUUCCCAAUUGUUGCAGAACGUUAGGGAGAAACUGAACAAAGUUGCUGAGGAGUGGACGAGAGAAGAAAAGAAUCAUUGUUUGGAAGAGACGGAGAAAUCGUUCAAGUAUUCUGGUGAGAUACUUCGUCUGAUAUUGUCCUGAUUUGAAUCGCAGUGUCUCUAGAUAUCUCAAUACGGCUUGUGGCGGCUAAAAUUCUGCACAUUGUUUAUAUUCCUGUAUUAUAUUCAUCAUCUUCUACUUCUUGUUAAACUUUUCUUUGCUUCAAAGCUAUUACUAAGUUCAUGGUUCAAAUUAAUAAUUUUUCCGCCAUUUAUGGCUCAAAUAUAAGUUCAAUGAUAAG